AGGAAACCUCGAUUUUACUUUGAAAAUGAGACCUGCUGUAGCCGCUCUUAUUUUCCUCUUCCUUUUCUUGUUUGCAGCUACAAUAGAAUCGAGAAAUGAUCUAAAGGAGUAUUGGAAAACUAUUAUGAAAGAUGAAGAGAUGCCAGUGGGAAUUGAAGGGCUUCUUCAACUGAAACCUGAGAUAGAACCUGUGAAGAACUACAAGAUCAAAGAAGAACAUGCUAAAGGUAAAUGUGAUCAGCAUCCCAUAACAAACACCUUAAAUAUCAUAGAGAAAAAGGUGAUCACUGAAGAAUUUGAAUCAAAGCCCACUAUUUCAACUUCUGGUGAUGAUGGCAAGAUUGAAGAUUUUGAGCCAAGACCAAGUGCUACAAGUUAUGAUGGUGAUCUAAAAAGUGAGUUUGAACCCAGACCAAGUGUUACAAAAUAUGACGGUGAUUAUUAUAAAAAUAAGAAGUCACAACUGAAUGAUGAGUUUGAACCUAGGCCAAGCGUCACAAGGUAUGACGAUGGUAGUUAUAAAAAUGGGAAGUUGUAUGUGAGUGCCGAAUUUGAACCUAGGCCAAGUGCUACAAAGUAUGACGGUGAUGGUUACAAAAUGGCGAAACUACCUGUAAAUAGUGAAUUUGAACCUAGGCCAAGUGUUACAAAAUAUGACGGCGGUGAUUAUAAAAAUAAGAAGUCACGAGUGAAUAGUGAGUUUGAACCUAGGCCAAGCGUCACAAGGUACGAUGAUGGUAGUUAUAAAAGUGGGAAGUUGUAUGUGAGCGUUGAAUUUGAACCUAGGCCAAGCGUUACAAAGUAUGGCGGUGAUGAUUAUAAAAUGGUGAAACUACCAGUAAAUAGUGAGUUUGAACCUAGACCAAGUGCUACAAAGUAUGACGGUCAUGAUUAUAAAAAUAAGAAGUUGCAUGUGAAUGAAGAGUUCGAACCUAGACCAAGCGCCACAAAAUAUAAUGAGUAAUGAAAUAGAAGACUGUGAGAUUGCCAUAAGAGAAAAAUAGUGUGUGGUUUAAGUGUAUCCAAUGGUAACUUUGAUGUGAUGUUUUAUAGUCUUUGAAUGAAAUAUGUUAAAUAUUGGGUGAUUUGAAAUAAAAUAUUGGAGUGAUUUGUAAUCAUCCUAAUAAUAAUGUGUCAUUUUGUUUGUUUGUUUAUAUUUGCUAUGUUCCAAAUUCUAAUUAGGUCAAGAUUGGUGAGGGUGUUCAUU